AUGGAAAUGGAACCGACGCCUGCAGUUGUGACGACGAUAGUCACCAUCCCUAUUAUCAGUCAAAACACUGAGCAACGAUUCAUAGCCACCGCUAUUCGUCGCCUUGUUUGGAAGCUCGAUCGAAGACUCAUACCUUUUCUUGUUCUCCUCGAGAUAAGUUCAUACAUUAAUCGACUUAGUUUCGGUCACGCCAAAUUGAUGAACAUUAAAGACGAGCUACCUAUGUCAUCAUCUGAUAUGAAUUGGGCCAUUUCACUAUUUUACCUUUCCUAUUCGAUCUUUGAAAUUCCAAGCACUUUACUUCUGCGCUUUUUGGGUCCGACUCGUUAUCUGUCAUUGAGUCUGAUUUUAUGGGGUGGCAUCACUGUUGGUAUGGCUUUUGUGAAAAAUUCUCAACAACUGCUAAUUGUUCGCUUUCUUCUUGGCAUGGUUCAAUCUGGCUUUUUUACUGGUACUGUCAUUUAUUUCUCUUUGUGGUAUUGCAAAAAAGAGCAGAUUAUGAGAAUUGUUAUUUUGUUUGGAACAGUCUUUGCUGCUGGUGUUUUAGAUGGAAUUCUAGCAUAUGGUACCCGUCAUAUGAAAGAUAUUGGGGGUCUGAAGAAUUGGCGAUGGUUAUUUUUAUUUGAAGGCUUGCCGAUCAUUCCACUCGGUGUUAUGACCUAUCUUUUUCUUGGUAGCAUACCCGAUACUGUUCAAUGGCUGGAUAAUUGUGAAAAGCAGUUAUUAACGAAUCUUCUUCGAGAAGAUGCGGGUUUAGCUAACAGUGAGCCUACAUCAAGUACUCGACUUUCAUGGCGGCAAGUGCGCUAUGUUUUCAUUGAUUGGCGAAUAUAUUUGUAUGUCAUGAUUGCUGUUGGCGAUUUAGCCGUUCACAAAUGUCUGACAACAUAUCUUCCAGAACUUGCCAAAUCGAUGAGUGACUCCAAAGAAGUACAUUUAAUGACAAUACCACUUGAUUUUGUCGCAUGCGACGUGGCAUUGUAUGUCAGUACUUGUAUUGCUUAUUGUGGUGCAUUCUCUGCAUUUCCUCUACUACUCUCUUGGUUAACAAAUAAUGUCGGUGGUCAUACAAAGAGAGCACUGGCUGUCGGUUUCCUUGUAGGUAUGGGUCAAAUGGGCGGAACUUUAGCGCCUCUGGUAUAUCCUGAUGAUGAUGAGCCAGUAUAUCGACGCGGACAUAUUAUAUGUGGUGGAAUCAUAGCCAUCAGUUUGAUUAUUACUUUUAUUUUGCGCAACUGUUUACAGCUAGAAAAUGAUCGACGAAUUUAUUUAUCACCGGACAAGUAUAAGCAAGAAGCAGCUAUCAUAGAACCCUGUGAUUGGCAUCCAGACAUACGCUAUGUGUUGUAG